AUGAAAGCACAAUUCCUUGGUGUAUCUAUUGCUGUUGCAUUGUUCUGCAACACAGCUGUUGUCUCGGCAGAUCCCAAAGAGGCUCACAUGAUGGAGGAUGGACUCUUACCACCACCAAAUGAGGUGUUAGGUGUGGAAUUUAAAGACGUGCCACCUGUGGAGAAAAUUACUACCGUCACUGCAACACGUGGUGUAGAUGAUCAACAGCAGCCUGAAGAUGAAGUGAUGGAAGAGCCUGAAAUGGAAGAAGAGGAAGAGGAAGAGGAAGAAGAACCUACCAUGUUUGAAGCUGCUGGUGAAAUGGAAAUCGAAGAGGAGGGCGAAGAAGAGGAAGGUGAUGAUGAUGAGCCAAAGCAAUACGUUGGCGGUGACUGGACAGGCCAUGAUUACGAGGAACCCAAGAGCAAACAAGGUGAAAAAGAUGUUAAGGAGAGCAACAAGAAACAAUCUCAAGAUGAAGAUGAAGAGAAACAUGUACUAUCAGCAGGUAGCGAAGAUGAAAUCGCUGCCGCAUCAGCAUCUGAAAAAGAUCCAUCGAUCAAUGCGAAGAAUCAAGGAGAAUUGGAUGCUAUCGAAGCUGCUAGUGCAGCUGCCGCUGCUGCCUCUAGUAGUGGUGCCAUGUCAUCAUCAGCAGCAGCAUCACCAUCCAUGUCAUCAAUGGGUAGUGCGAACAACCGUGAAGCUGCCGCUGCUACCAGCACCAUAGCUACCACCAAUCAUCCCAGUAGCCAAGCAUCAUCUGCAAGUGCCUCACAUCAUAGCAACACCCAAUCAGCAUCCAAUGCAUCUUCCGUAUCACGAGUCCAUGCCAUCACUGCACUCGCUAUUUUAUUGAUUGGUAGUACUCUGCCAUCUCUUGUGUAA